AUGACUCAAAAUUGCCAAUUAGUCAGGAAAGUAGAACGGAAGACUCAGCGCAAGCUAAGCAAGAAAGAAAAGUUACGUCGUCUAAAGGCUACAAGUGCUCUGCCAACAUGCUAUGCUCCUGCAAUAUUAUGCAACCCGUCCCAAUUUGCAGUAUAUGCCACUGUGCGCCGUCUAGUAUUAGCUCGCUGGAUGCACCUCCCUGGCGCAUCUGCUGAAUUCUCCGAAGACAGUGACGACGAUGAUGCCAAUGCUUUGGUUCCUAUUAACAAGUUGCCUAAGAUACCAUCAAAUUUAACCACUCUCCAAAGGAGCGUGCAGUCCAUAAUGCUAGGCACUCCGUCCCGCAAUCAAUGGUUGAACUACGGCGUCCCUCACCAAUCCCUGGUGACCAGUUUCCCGGUAGAUUUGCCCUCGCAACUGACCGCCGGGCCCAGUGAACUGGUCGUUCGAUCACUAGUCUCUGACGGCUGCUAUCUUUAUGUCUACACAUCGAAAGGGCUACUCAAAAUCGGUUCUGGAUAUGGCAGCUCGAUAAAGCAGCAUGUGUACUUGCAUAAGCCUGAUUUCUUUGCCAGUGACCGGCAUGGCUGGUUAGGAUAUUGUAAGAAUAAGUUAUAUGUUAGAAUUGGAAGAAAGAAGACUGAAGUAUAUGAAAUUGAUAAGGAGACUUUAGAAGUGAAAGGUUUGGUACGAUUAGAGCCCGGCCAGCCCGCCCCUAUUGAGCCUAAGUCGGCAGUUUUCACAGACGGUCACCAGCUCGGACUCAUUAUGCUUACUAACUUUGAUAAUUUAACGAUAAAAAUGUAUGACAUGGAUUCGCCAAAGGAACGGGUUGAAGUGAACAAUUCGGUGACAUUGACGUCACAUAAGUAUUUGAAUGUGCACUUAUUGAGGCGGCGGACGCUUGUACUUGGACGUGCCCCGUUCGACGACAACUUGUCCCGACGGGCGGUGGAAUUGGACGCACCGGUCGCUAUGCAACUCGAAGAUAACGAGGAUGACCCGUUAUCGAGUAUCUGUACGGGUCAAGACUUUGGGCUUUUGACUACCAACUCUGGAAAGGUAUAUUAUACUGGUAAAGGAGCUAGUCUCGGUUAUAAAUCAGCAGCUCCGCCUUCUGGACGCUGGACGCUUAUGAAGGAAACACUUUUCAUAAAAAAUGAAGCACCAAACACUAAAAAAUGCAAAGUUGUUCAGGUUGCUGUAGGGCACGAAGGUAUGCAUGCUGUUAUGGUUCUUGACAAUGGAUCUGCUCUUUUCACUGGUGUCGCACGGCGUGGCGAAGAUGGCGACACUAGUAAACAUAGGCGGACACCAAAAGCAACGCGGCCCAAAAAAAUAUUCAAGGCGGAGGGUCAUCAUGUUGUGUACGCAGCCUGCAAUCAUGGCUCUACGGCUUUAGUUACUAGACAAGGUUUAUUACUCAUGUUUGGAAAAGACUCACAGCACUGUGACUCCAAUGGUAUUGUUCAGGGAUUGAGACAUGAAAGAGUAAUACAGGUUGCUUUAGGCAAAGCACACACUGUUGUCCUCACGAACUUCGGUCAGGUUUACACAUUCGGCAUCAAUAAUAAAGGACAAUGUGGAAGAGAAUUUGGUUACACUAAAGAGACAGCAGCAACAGGGAAGACGUGCGCAUAUGUAGUGGUGCGCACGCUUGGUACACUGAUUAUUGCCGCGUGUGCGCACUUUGCAGAGAAUGUACGGGAUUUGCGAGCGCAUGCCACUGUGCCACUAUGCCGGGUCGUCUGCCCGGCGAAAAAUGUGGUUGCGGUGAGGGUGACAGUGGAUGCAGUGUUUGCGGCGUAUGCCGACGAUGCGCAGAUACUUUUGCUGCUGCCGGACGUGAACGUGUUACGGAUCUAG